AUGCUGCGUUCCUCCAACAAGGUCGCCAGUACCCGAGGCAUGCAGCGGGCAUGCUUCGCCUCUCGCACCACCAUCUCUCAUGGCAGCAAACAACUCCAAGUGCCCUCAGGUGGACGCCUCUACUCGUCCACCACUUCCACGGCUGGCUCUGCCAGCCGCCAGUCCGCUUUCAGGUGGCCCGUGGUGGCUGCCAUCACCGCGGUGGGCGUUGGCGGUGGCCUCUAUCUCCUCCAGGGACACGUGUUCGCUGCGGAGAGCCAACCCAAGCCCAAGCUCGUCAUCCUCGGCUCCGGCUGGGGCGCGCUGAGCGUGGUGCGAGAGCUGGACACGAGCAAGUACGACGUCACGAUCGUGUCUCCGCGCAACUAUUUUCUCUUCACCCCGCUUCUUCCCUCGGUCACCGUGGGCACGCUCGAACCCAAAGCCAUCAUCGAGCCCAUCCGAAAGUACUGCCGCCGCAGCCACGCUGAUGUUGACUACUUUGAAGCUGUGGCGACCGAUGUGGAUCCCACCAACAAAACGGUUUCUUGCCACGUGAGCACUCCCGGUCUCGAUGACUCGGCGCGCGAUUUCACCCUGCCGUACGACAAGCUGGUGGUCGCUGUUGGUGCUAUCAACAACACAUUCGGCACGCCCGGUGUGGAGGAAAACUGUCUCUUCCUCAAGGAGAUUGAUGAUGCGAUGGCCAUCCGCAACAAGAUGCUCGACUGCCUCGAGCUCGCCUCUCUGCCCACCACAUCAGAGGAGGAGAAGAAGAGACUUCUUCACUUCGUUGUGGUCGGAGGUGGUCCCACUGGCGUGGAGGCUGCGGCCGAGCUCAGG